AAUUGUGUUGUGUCUUGCCUUUGUUUAAAAUAUUCAAUUGAUUAUUACUAUGAUAUACAUGCGUAUGAAAAGAACCGCCCAUAUCCGGAAACAAACUGGGUUGUUGAGAUUUUGCAAAAGGACUCUGGGUUGGACAACUUGAACUUCAACGAUCAGGUCGUUGGUGGUUAUAAGUUCUGAUUCUGCGUAAACUACUCUCCUAGGCAGAAGUUAAGUCACUUCCUCCUCGCUGGGUGACAGAACGCCCUUCCAUUAUUGGUGUGAAAAACGUCCCUUUUGGAAACUUUGCAAGCCUAGCUGCCUCGACAGCUAACGUAAGCCUGGUGUCAGCAGUCACACUGGUCUAGCUGGACCUUUUCUCUCUUUCCUCACGUGACUGAAACACACAGACAAGGGACGGUCACCGACAAUUUGACAACCUGACGUCGGAAGGACUGAACUAACCCUUGCUUUUCCUUGGGACUAUCUGGUGCUUCUCAAUAAUCAGUUAUGGCUGCCCUUAGACGUUUAGCAACUUUGCUCAACCCAUGUGGUAGAUGCCCUCAGCGACAUCUCCCAACCGGCAUGCACUCUCAGUGGCGUCCAGCAGGGGAAGGCUUCCACACAACUAUAACUGGAAAUGUAUUCGAUGUAAGGAAAGUUGAGUUGACACCCUUGGAGCAGAGGAAAUUAACCUUCGAUACUCAUGCACUGGUGAAGGAAUUGGAAAGUAAAGGGUUUGAAAAGGGACAAGCAGAAAUUGUUAUUGCAACACUGGUGACUCUGACCACAGCCAAUAUGGAUAUUGUUUACAGAGAUAUGGUCACAACAGCACAUCAGGAAAUUGCUCUUCAGCAAAUCAUGGCCCAUCUGGACUCGAUACGGAAAGACAUGGUGAUCCUGGAGAAAAGCGAUUUCGCCAACCUGCGGACUGAAAAUGCGAAAAUGAAAACAGAACUUGAACAAAUCAAGACCAGACUAAUGGAGGAAAGCAAAAAAGUCAGAGCGGACUCCAAACUGGAUAUUAACCUGGAGCGAAGCAGAGUGACAGAUAUGUUUACAGAGCAGGAGAAAAAACUCAUGGAGGUCGGCACAGAGUUUCAGAAGAGGAACUCAGAUGUUGACCGCAGUACUAUGGAAACCACCAAGAAAAUUGAUAUUCAAGUAGCGUCUCUGGAAUCAGUGAAGCUGGACACCAUCAAAUAUCUUGCUGCCUGUUUAUUCUCCUGUUUGGCCAUCACUCUUGGAUUCUACCGUGUCUGGAAGUAAACUACUACGCCUUCUCUCCAUAAUGCAGGCACAUAGAAAAUGCUUUGUUCACGUGUACAUAUUAUUUUGUAGUUCAAAUGGAUUUAUGUGUAAAUAAUGUUGCUUAUGAGCAUGAAAUCGUUUCUGCAAUUAAAAGUCUUGGAGAGCA